UCAUGAUCCCUUUUGUUCUCAGAAGACUUCUGCUGCCAUAUUGAAAAUUGAAUUCUCUGCACAACUGCAACACAAGAAAUAACACAGUGCUGACUUUACUCCGUCAAAUUGGCUGUUACUGAUCACGACAGUUGUGUCCCAGUGUGACGUCACUAUUGGUAUGGCCUUUUCACGGAUUGUCUUUGAAGUUUCUCUGCUUGUCUCUCUUAUUGCGAACUUCACUGUUGAAGGGGCAGAUACAGAGACUUAUUGCAUGGACCCUGCAAACCCCGGGGACAGUACAACAUUAACCUGCACAAUAACUGGCAAGAUAAACGGUGGAAUCAGAUGGAUCAGACCUAUUGCUUCAAACCCAAGAACAGAGGUAGCAAAGUGUGACACUCGUAAUACCUUCUGUCUUUACCCUGGAAAUAUAACCGGCUACAAGGCUGUUGCUGUUUCACCUACCAGGAAUAGCCUCACCAUAGAUUCCUUCAACCCCGUUAUAGAUGCCGGAGAAUGGACAUGCCAAGACGGAAUGGUCGGUUUAGUCAGACGUAAAUGCAACAAGACUGUCACAGCUGGUCCACACGAUGUUGCUCUUGCGUCUCCUGAGUAUGUCACAGAAGGAGACAAUCUGACUCUGAACUGCACAGCACGGUGUAACCCAUCACCAUGUUCCUUCUCGUGGACAUUUGAAAACAACACAGUCUCGUCAGGCGCUCUAUUGUCACUGACAAACAUCAGCAACACUCAGUACGGAAACGUGUACACGUGUACAGUUAACAACACUGCCAUUCCAAACUCUACAACAAUUCAGUUCACGCUAACUAUCAAACAUGGUGCAGAGCACGUGGUUGUCUUAAGGGAUUCAAGUGCUACAUGGGGCGUUGUGAUCGUGAUCGCUGGUUUACUGGUUCUUGCAUUUCCCACUAUAUGGGUAGUUUACAAGAAAGCAAUAAAGAAGAAAGUUGGAGAUGGGCAGAACGAAUUUAACAGGGUUCGAAUUUCACGACGGCAAUUGUUGUAGGUGUCCUUCUUACUUGCCGUUAUGCCCCUGAAAUUUUACGGUGUCGACGGCAAGAAAAAUGAUGCUGUGCCUUACCUGGUUUGCCACCGUGCCCUUAGGAAUAUAUAUUUUUUUAAACCCAUCAUUUUAUUAUUUAGAAAUGACACAUAUUGUAACAUGAAAAAUCACAGCUAGCUAAGUCUGGCUGCUUGUUUGCACACUAAGUGACAGGUCAGUUAUACCAGGAUGAAAAACAAAACGUACUAAAAUGCCCAUAACAAUAACGGUAUUUAGAGGAGUUUAAAGGGACAUUCCUGAGUUUGUUGCAAUGUUUUGGACAUUCCUGAGUUUGCUGCAAUGUUUAAAAUGUUAUCGACUAACAGAGACUUUUUAACGAUUGCAAAUAUUAGUGGCUGU